UGACAGGCAGCUACUAAGAUGUGAAGAUGGCGGAGUUACAAAUGUUGUUGGAAGAGGAGAUUCCUGCUGGCAGAGGUGCUUUACUGGACAGUUAUGCUAAUUUAGAGCGAGUCGCGGAGUACUGCGAGAGCAACUAUGUUCAGUCCCCUGAUAAACAAAGAGCUUUAGAGGAGACCAAAAGCUACACCACUCAGUCUCUGGCCAGUGUCGCCUACCUGAUCAACACACUCGCCAACAAUGUACUGCAGAUGCUGGACAUCCAGGCGUCUCAGCUACGCCGAAUGGAGUCCUCAAUCAACCACAUCUCACAGACGGUGGAUAUCCACAAGGAGAAGGUGGCCAGACGCGAAAUUGGCAUCCUCACCACAAAUAAAAACACAUCUCGCACGCACAAGAUCAUCGCGCCAGCCAAUCCUGAAAGGCCUGUGCGCUACAUCCGCAAACCUAUUGACUACAGCCUACUGGAUGAUUUAGGCCAUGGAGUGAAGGUUAAUGCCCAGAACAUGAAGACGGGUACUACUCCACGAACAGGAGCCCCGACCCAGAAACCACCUAGCCCUCCAGGCCCAGGAAAGGGCACCCUUGGGCGCCACUCCCCCUACAGGACACUUGAACCGGUGCGCUCCCCGGUUGUCCCUAACGACUAUGUGCCCAGCCCCACCCGGAACAUGGCACCGCCCCUCCAGAGCCCGGCACGCACCGCAUCCGUUAAUCAGAGGACCCGCACGUACAGCAGUGGCAGUAGUGGAGGCAGUCAUCCCAGCAGUCGCAGCAGCAGCAGAGAGAAUAGUGGCAGCGGUAGUGUGGGUGUGCCCAUUGCUGUGCCAACGCCAGCCCCACCCACUGCUUUCCCAGCAGCUACAACCUCUGCACCUCCAAACCCCCCCAAACCCCCUCCCAGUGUGUCCAUGCCAGCUCCACCAGCACCACCUCCUCCCCCCACCCCUGAACCCACACCCACUCCUGUUCCUUGUGUUCCUCCUGAGAUCCCACCUCUCCCACAACUGCCCCCAUCCAGCACUGCAACUGCAGAAGCAUGUUUAAUUGUUCUUGUAUCUUGUCCUUUAGGCAAUGGCCCUCAGUUCUACAGUAUGAACCGACAAAUGGCACGACAGACUACAACCUCAGUAGGCGGCUCUCUGCCUUACCGCAGACCUUCCUCAGUCACCAAUCAACCCACUACUAUACCUCAGAAUGCUCAUCCAAACAUGAGCCAGAACCAGCUUAAUGGAGGACCACACUACAACCAGAACCAAGCCCCCAUGGCCCCACCUCCCCCAUCAACAUUACAGAUCACCCCUCAGCUCCCACUGAUGGGUUUUGUGGCUCGGGUACAGGAGACCAUCUCAGACGCACCUCCGCCACCGCCCCCUGCUGAUGCGGUGGACUUUGUGGUGGACUCAGCCCCACCCCCACCUCCACCAGAAGACUAUGAGGAGGAUGAGGGUGACGAAGAUGAAGAGUCAGCGGUAGUGGAGUACAGCGACCCAUACGCUGAGGAGGAUCCCCCAUGGGCACCACGCAGCUACAUGGAAAAAGUGGUGGCCAUCUACGACUACGCACGGGAUAAAGACGACGAGCUGUCCUUCCAGGAGGGCGCGAUCAUCUACGUAAUCAAGAAGAACGACGAUGGCUGGUACGAAGGUGUGAUGAACGACACCACCGGUCUCUUCCCCGGGAACUACGUCGAGUCCAUCAUGCACUACGCCGAUUGAGCCACCAGGGGGGCGCAGCCUCUCUUUUUUUGUUGUUUAAUCGUUUCUUUCAUACAUCCCAACCAUACACACACAAGCUGUACACACAGACUGUAUCACACAGUUACGCACAGAGAUGAAUGACUUGGAUGAAGAGAAAGUUUCCAAACGAACAUUAAGACCUGUUAUACACUGUAUAUUUACAAAACCUUUUUUUUUUUUUAGCUCUAUACUAUCAUAUGAACGGUUUUCUCUAUGAAGGCCACUGCAAGUGUGUGUAUCUGAGGUUGAAAGCUGUAAGGUAGAGGCUUAAAAGAUUUAGAAGUACUAUUUUCAUGUCACAAUUUUAGUUCCAUAGAAACAAACACUAAAUAUUCUUGCUGCUGGUUUUCAAACUGA